AUGAGCGAAGAUGGGGAUCAACGGCCAGCAAAGAGGCAGCGCUUCUUCUCCGACCCGCCAGCACCACCUUUACCGACCGAAACUCGAGAUGGACCGGACCUGUUUCGUCGCCUACUCUUACAACAUGGCAAUGGAGACCGCGAGCCUCGAACGGAGCAUGACGCUACUAUAGAGAACGGUUCGCUUGAUACCGUUCCCGAGUACUUCCCUGCCUGGCCGAAACGGAGGCACUAUACAAAACGAUGUGGAACCAAGAACGACGAUGUACCCAUUCCCGACGAUGCUAUCCCAUCCCAGAAUGGAGCAGGCCCUCAAGGAGUUGCCAACCUUGAUCGCGUUCCCGAUUACUCCCCUCCCUCGCCAAAACCGAGGCAGUAUUCACGACGAUUUGGAACCAAGAACGACGAUGUACCCAUUCCCGACGCCGCUGUCCCUCCCCAGAAUGGAGGCCCUCAAGGAGUUGCCAACACCGCACCAGUCGCAGCGGCCGAUGGCUUUGAUGUCGACCUUUUCACCAGCAUCGUGGGCGAGAAAUUGCCUGUCGAUGCAAUCAAAACAAUUCGAUCCGCCGCUACGAACAACAUUGAGCGGGCUGUGAACAUAUACUUUGAUGGAUCAUGGAAGAAGCCUGUGCAGUCAAAUGGCCCCGUUGCUAUCCCCCAGCCGAGAGAUGUUCCAGUAACACCUGGUUUCGGAAGGGCGGAUGCAGAUGGUUUGGUUUUGCAUUUACAGUAUCAGCCCGCAGCACGGUACGUGGGCGGAUUCGGCGUGGAAGGAUGGGCAACUCGAAGUGGUCCGGCUUUGCUCAAGCAUGGUGACACUGUUUUCAUCGAACGCGCACGCUCCCAGCCAAUGACGAAACGUGGCAGAGGAGGCAGAACAUUUGUCAAUCACAAAUCCGAUGUCUUGACCCGAUUUACCAACAAGGCAGGCCAGGAAAUUGGCCGGCUACCGCACGAGACCGCUGAAUGGGUUUCUACGCUGAUUGAUCAGAAGAUCUGCCGCUUUGAAGGAGUCUGCGUGUUUGUACCCGAUAGGGUGCGAGUCAACGAUACCAUUUACCUGCAACUCCACGUCUAUAUGCUCAAAGAAGCGUUUCGGAGUGCGGCGUUCGCCGCUAUGAACCCCGACGACAACAGAUCUACCGGACUUUUCGAAGAGAGUGAGAGCAACGAGGAAAAGAAUCUGCGACUCCGACAAGUUGCUCUUGUAAAGUUGUUCAACGAGAUUGGCCUUCAUCCUACCUCGACCAACCCGACUACCGAAAGGCACAAAAAGGAUGGCAUUCUACGUGCUGCUGAAAUUGCAGAGCAAUACGACACGAAAAAGGAGAAAGAUAAAUCUAGCGAAGACGAAACCGAAGAACUGCAAGAGGACCAACUCGACACUCUGUAUCGAAAGGCACAGUCAUUUGACUUCAACAUGCCAGCUGCAGACCCUCCUCCUACGUUUACGCUCAGUCUACGCAAGUACCAACAACAAGCCCUUCACUGGAUGCUGUCAAAAGAAAAAGAUUCCAAAGAAACGCGUGAAAAGUCAAUGCAUCCCUUAUGGGAGGAAUACACUUGGCCCCUAAAGGACGUUGACGACCAUGAGCUACCAAAAGUUCAAGACCUUGACCACUUCUAUGUGAACCCUUAUUCCGGAGACCUCAGUCUUGAAUUCCCUCUUCAGGAGCAGCACUGCCAAGGUGGAAUCCUGGCUGAUGAAAUGGGUCUUGGUAAAACCAUCGAGAUGCUUAGUCUGGUUCAUUCACACAGGGUUGAGCCAGAUCCGCAGCUGAUGAACGGUCUCAACUCAGGCAAUGAACUUGCGAUGACUCCAAGCUCUACCGGUGUAAUUCCUGCGCCAUACACCACCCUUGUCGUUGCACCUACAUCCCUGAUCUCUCAAUGGGAAAGCGAGGCACUCAAAGCAGGAACAAUGAGGGUACUCGUCUACUACGGAGCCGACAAGGCCUUCAAUCUGCGGGAUUUAUGCAGUAUAUCCAAUUAUGACGGAGCUCCACAGGUGAUUGUCACCAGUUAUGGCGUGGUGUUGUCGGAAUUCCGCCAGCUCGCCUCCCAGUCUGCAGUGCCCAGCAUGAAUAGAGGUCUAUUCUCUGUGGAAUUCUUCCGGGUGAUCCUUGACGAAGCCCAUGUGAUCAAGAACCGCCGUUCCAAAUCCGCCAAGUCGUGCUGUGAGUUGAAAGCAAGGCAUCGAUGGGCACUGACCGGUACGCCAAUCGUCAAUCGUCUCGAGGACCUCUUCAGCCUAGUGCGCUUCCUGAGGGUUGAGCCGUGGAGCAAUUUCUCUUUCUGGAAGACGUUCAUCACUGUACCCUUUGAAUCGAAAGAAUACGUGCGCGCCCUGAAUGUCGUGCAAAGUGUCCUGGAACCCCUUGUCCUUCGGCGGACAAAGUCGAUGAAAACCCCAGAGGGCGAACCACUGGUUCCGUUGCCCAAGAAGAUAGUCAAGAUUGAGGAGGUCGAGCUACCGCAACAAGAACGAGAGAUUUACGACCUCAUCUUCACGCGAGCGAAACGGACCUACAACGACAACGUCGAGGCUGGCACACUAUUGAAGUCUUACAGUACGAUCUUUGCGCAAAUUCUGCGUCUUCGUCAGACCUGCUGCCACCCUGUGUUGACUCGCAACAAAGCCAUCGUCGCAGACGAGGAGACUGCAGCAAUGGCAGCCGGCGCAACCGACGAAUUCAAAGACGACAUGGAUCUGCAAGAAUUGAUCAAGCGAUUCAACGCCGAGAACGAGAACGCCCAGUCCCAAGAUACCCCGGGAACGAUGGUAAAGUUCACAUCCCACGCUCUCCGCCAGAUCCAAACCGAAUCCAGCGGCGAAUGCCCAAUCUGCUGCGAAGAGCCAAUGGUCGAUCCCGCCGUAACCGCCUGCUGGCACAGCGCAUGCAAGAAAUGUCUCGAAGACUUCCUGCAACACCAAAAGAACAAAGGCGUCCAAGCCCGCUGCUUCAACUGUCGAGCUCCAGUGGACGAAAAGAAUGUCUUCGAGGUAAUCCGCCAUUCACCCUCCACCUCAGUCUCAUUCAACGACGACAUCGUCAGCAGCACACCACCAAGCAGCUCCCAGCCCGCACCACGCAUCUCCCUCCGUCGCAUCCACCCUCUCUCCCCUUCCGCCCACACUUCAGCCAAGAUCCAAGCCCUCAUCAACCACCUCACCCGUCUUCCCCCCAACACCAAAUCCGUCGUCUUCUCCCAAUUCACUUCUUUCCUAGACCUCAUCGGUCCACAGCUUUCUCGUGUCGGCAUCUCCCAUCUUCGUCUGGAUGGCUCAAUGCCCCACAAGGCUCGCGCGGCUGUCCUAGCUGAAUUCGCUAAAGAGCAGAGCUUUGACGAUGACCUCGAUGCGGAAGACGAUACACCAUCGAGUACCCCGGCCAGUAGCCGACCUGCACCGAAGACCGCAUCCUCGACACCGGCUCCGACAGUUCUACUCAUUUCUCUUCGCGCUGGCGGUGUCGGCCUCAACUUGACGGCGGCUAGCAAUGUCUUCGUCAUGGAUCCGUGGUGGAGCUUCGCUAUCGAAGCGCAGGCUAUCGACCGUGUCCAUCGAAUGGGUCAGACUCGUGAUGUUCAUGUGACGCGUUUCGUGGUUAAGGAUUCUAUUGAGGGCCGCAUGCUGCGCGUGCAAGAAAGGAAAAUGAAUAUUGCCGGCUCGUUGGGAUUGAAGAUUGGUGGCGAUGAUGGUGAUGAUGAUAAGGGGAAGGAGAGACUUGCGGAGUUGAAGAUGUUGUUCGAGUAG